AGUUCUAAAAAUUUAUUUUGUGGAUAAAAUUAAAUGUCACUUUUUAUUAACAUGAUUGCUUAUGUUAGCAGUAAAUAAUCCAACUAGUGUUUUUGUCAGUUAAAAUGAAUUGUCAAACGUUCAAAGGAAUUUACAUACAGAUGGGAUGCGCACCAAGUUGACCAACCUGACUUCGUGCUAAAAACGGACUGUGUGAGUGGGUCAUUGUUAACAGCAACUGAUGUGAAAGUCAUGGAGAUCGGUGAUCUGUUGUGGGAGGCGGUGAAACACAGAAACGUUGCAGCGCUGAAAGACCUCCUGGACGAGACGAAGCACUGCAGACAGACCCUGACGGACGUGAUCAACAUCACCAAGCACGGCGUGUCCUUGAUACACCUCGCCAUUAUCACCCGUGACAAACUGGUGCUCGAGGUUCUCUUGAACUCGGGGGCCGAACUGCCUACUUGCAACAUCAGCGACCUCGACAGGUUAGCGAGGUGCAUUGAGAGUGACAAUCAGGAGAACGGCGACCAACGGCCAGAGGUUGAGGGUAUAUCGGAGGUUCAGGACGUUUCCGUUUUGACGCUUGUCGUGUCGUUCGGGAUUCUCGAAAACAUCACGUUGUUGCUUGAUCACGAAUCCGUGUGCAAGCUUGACUCCACCGGUGCUGCUCUGCAGAUGGCGUGUGUAAAAGGCAAUUCAGAAGUGGUGAAACUUCUGAUGCAUAGAGGCAGCGAGUUUUACAAUGAGUUCUUCGGUAAUCAGCAGCAAGUUGCAAGAUCGCCGUUCAUGUGUGCAAUAGAAGAGAAUUACGUUGGAAUUAUUGAAACUCUGCUGGAACAUGGCAUGAACCCGUGUGUCACAGACUCGCAAGGUCGAACGCCGUUUCAUUUUGCUUGUUUUGUUGGCAAUCCGGACACGGUGAAACUGCUCCUGAGAGAGAUGAAAAAGAGAAACCUGUCGCCGUGUCUGAUAACUGCUUCUGGUGUGUCUCCGAUGCAUGUUGCGUGUCGUUUUGGAAACCUGGAAGUUCUGAAGCUUUUGCUAAACCACAAAUGCACAAGAAGGUGUAAUUUGACUGCAAGGAAAUACCUGCUACACUGUGCUUCAAGGAACCUAUCACACGACAUUGUCAGGUUUCUUUUAAGUGUUGGAGAAGAUCCAAAUUUUAGUUCUGGUAAGACUCCACUCCUUGAAGCUGUGAAAAAGAAUAACGUGGAAAUGGUAGAACUACUGCUUGCGGCUAAUGCCGACCCCAAUAUACCAGAACCGUCCCGGACUAUUUCCGAGUAUCGUCGUGGGAACAAGGAAAAUCCCAUUCUUUAUGCUGCUGAACAUUGCUCUCUUGAAGUAGUUGAAGCUUUGCUUAAAGGAAAUGCUGAUGUAAACACCAAUGACUGGAUCAAAAACUCACCCUUGACAAUUGUAGCAAAACGAGGUGGAACAGACCCACUUCUCUGUGGAGAUAUUACUAAACUGUUGCUACAGUAUGGUGCUGACAUUGAACAUUCGAUACUACUGCAUGAUUUCACUGCAUUCACUAUAGCCAUCGACACCAACAACGCUCACUGUGCCAAGAUUCUACUGGAGGCUGGAGCCAGCAUUGACCCAUUGCCCCUCGGCUCGGAAGGAUUUUCUUUACUGCAGUUUGCUAGAACAAAAGAAUGUGCCGAACUUCUGUUGAGUUAUUCUAACCUGAUUGACGUGAACUACCAGAACUGCCAUGGUCAGACAGCCUUGAUGACGGCAUGCUACUACAACAACAUCGAGGUCGUACAGACACUGCUGAACCACGGAGCUAAUGUCAACCUGGUGAACAGCGAUGGCGGAUCUCCACUCUUUUAUGCUACUAGCAGUGAUUCCCCAUACCUUGUGAAGGAGCUGAUAAUGUCCGGGGCUACAAACAUUCAGGAACCACUGCUGUACCAUUUCAAAAACAUGCUGGAACUGGCUCUGUUUAUCGGAGCCAGCAAGAGUGUCUGUGACCUCCUCUACAAGUCCGGGGCCACAGUAACACAAGACAUAGCCGGUCUUCCAACGUUCAAGAACGAACUCAGCUACAGUCACUUCAUUCAGAAGGUUCCCUCUGAAUCCUGGUGCUGCAAACUGUGGACUAGGAAAAACAAUUCGUAUUCGGUUUACCCGAGCGACGAUGACGUGACCAGCUGGGAGAGUUACCGUGGGGUCGCUACGCUGGAGAAUAUAUGCUGUCUUUUUGUGCGCAGACAUCUCGGGUACAGCGGUUGUAGGAUCAGAGAACUGAUGCUGCCACAGAUGCUGAAGACCGAACUGUUGCUGGACUCGAUACCGAUCAGCGAGGUUUCCAUGGAGUGUGCAGAAACAUCGCCAAUUACUGUCUUGUAAUUGGGGAACAUUUUGUUUUUGAAAUUUUCAUUAGCGACAGUUGUUAAUCAGUUACUGGACUAUGUACCGAUUAGCAAGGCUUCCAUGGAGUGUGGAAACAUCACUGAUACUGUGUUGUAAAAUUUUCAUGAGCAAGAAUUGCUAAUAUAGUAACAAAAUUGAUUAGAAACUACAGUCUAAUGUUUUAGAAUUGAUUUGCCAUCUCUAAAACAUGACUAGCUAAUUGCAAAGUGAUAUGCAACAAAAUGUUCCGUCGGGGGGGGGGGGGGGGGGGGGGGGGGGGGGGGGGAGAAAAUGGGACAGUGGAAUUUAUCUGUGUAUUGCCAUCCAGGGAUGGGCUGACAUAUUUGAGGUCUUGGCAAAAUUUUCAUAGUUGGAGCCUUUUUGGGAGGAGAAUAUCAGUAUAGUGUCUGCAUUGAACCAAGUGUUAACAACAAUGUUUAAAUUAUCAUUUUUGUUUUAAUUUAAUGGAACAACAUCUCCACUGCGUUUUUCAUAUUUUUCAGUUAAUGUUGUUUCUGAUUAAAAAAAACCUUUAGAUGCUGAAAGGCAACCGUAAAAUGAAUGAUACCCAACUGCAUAGUGUUGAUUCUGAUUUGGAUCAAGUUAGACGACAAUUCGCCCCACCUUUUACUGCAUCCCCACCUUUAAGAUGAUCCUAAAUUUACUAGGGGGAAACAGUCAGAAGCAUGAGGCGGAGUAACCUUUAUAGAAAGGGAAUACAAAUAGAGCAUGUAGGUUAUUGUACAGAAAAGGUAGGAUUUCUUAUAAUGAUUUAGGUUUGAUAGAAAGGAUCGCUGUUGACAGUAUCUUUUAACUGCUGCAGAAACUGCCUUGAUCGUCAUAUCAUUUUAUCACUUGUUAACAAUCCGGUUCUGCUGUAGCAUUUUGCAGCAAUCAUCACAUCAUUUGACGAUAUGCUAAUUAUGAUAAAAUACAUUCUGUGGUAAAUGUUUCAAAGUUGUUAUUUCAGAUGUGUGUACAUUUGUUUAGUUUUUCUGUCACCAUUUCAGUUUGCAGUGUAUGUAAAUAUCGCUCAACAUGGCAA